AUGGACGUGCAGCGGCAGCACACGCAAGUGUCGGCGAAAGGCGACAUGGAGCCGCUGCAUGUGAGUACGCUCCUUGAGGUAUUGUCGCGUAUGGUACAUAUCCCGCCGGAGGCCUUCGUCGUGCGUACCACGCGACUGCACCGCAGCGACGAUGACGCGGCGCGCGCCGUGGAGCAGUCCGACUCGCAGUGGAGCAAUGUGCGGCGCACACGCGAGCAGCUCCGCCUGACGGUGCGCACCGAGCAGGGGCGUACGCAGCUCCUGCUGCCCCAGCCGCCGGCGCCGCCUGGCGCCGCGCCCACGGUGGCGGUCCGCUCCGUCGUCAUGGUCGACGACGUGACGCCCCGCGUUCCUGCGCCGCCCCUGCCGGCGCUGGGCACGUCGAGUAUCUUUGCACUACCUUAUGACGAGCUUGGACGCUACGCCAUGCAUUGCGACGGGUGGCAGGAGCUCGUGGCCCUGCUGAACUGGACGCCCGCCGACGAGCACAUGCAGUAUGGCCUACGGUACGUGCUGUUGUCCGAGAGCCCUCUUGUGCUGCAUGAACUGCGCAUCUUCCGCUCCAUCGAGUGGGCGAUGGACGGCACGAAUCGCCCCAUGGAGUGGACGCCCAGCUCCAUCUUGCAUGUGCAAGCUGUGUCGACGCUGCGCUCCGACGUAGGCGCCGGCGUGCCGAAGCACCAGCAGGACGAGACGGCGCGCGCCCUGCAGUAUGCGAUCCAGCAUAUGCAGCGCCUGCAAAAGGCCCUAGACGCAGUGGUCCCCCUCCAUCGCGAUGCCUAA